UUUAUCGUCUAAUGCAGUCCAUGAAGUCAGUUAAUAUCUGAUAGCUGCUGAAAUGUAAUCUAGAAGUCUAAUUAAAGACAGGAUUAGCCUUCUUGUAGAGGGAAAUGCAUUACAGAUCUGACUCAGCAGUGAUUUGAUUAUCCGGAGGCACAGUUUCAUGUCAUGUGUGCAACAUAAAGUAAGACCAGUAAACUUCGAUAUGUGUUUCUGUGAUUGACAAAAAAAAAAGACAGAGUAUCAGAGUUGUUGAACUGGAGCAUUGCAUGUUUGUACAGGAAACAUUCUCUGUCAUAACCUCACACAGAGUCGAGGCAGCAGAAAUGACACAGCUUUGCAUUUUCUCUGAGGAAAUGGCAUUGCAGUGGCGAGGCUGAUGGAGGCACACAAUAUACGUUUGUGUUUGUUACCAUGGUAAAAAAUCUUUUCCAGAGAGGUCCCUGACAUAGGAAAGAAAAGUGCAAGAAGCUCAACGUGACUACUUCUCUCUGUGCAUUUGCAAUGUGGAGCAUAAGUGUAGGGAGAAGGGCUAGAUGUAUGUGUUGGUAUAUAACAGGAAAGGGUGGGGAGAUUUUGAUAAUUUCUGAAAGGAACAUAAUCCACCCCCCACUUGCUCUCUCCCUCCAUGCCACCUCCCUCUCUCCCUCUCUCUCUCUCUCUCUCUCUCUCUCUCUCUCUCUCUGAGUCCCAGCCCCUGAAGGUGUCAUAACUGUGCUCUCUCUCUCCCUUUCUCUCUCUUUCUCUCUGUCUCUCUCUCUCUCUCUCCCUCUCUCUCUCUCACUCACUCACUCACUCACUCUCUAUAUCACCGCCUUUCAGAUCUUUAAAAGCUAGUGCUUUGCUGUGUCUCUCUCGAUCUCCAUUUGUCUCCUCUGGCACUGCAGGGGACUCAACCGGCAAAGCAACAAGGAAAGCUACUGUAUAGAAAACGGGCAGAAGACUGAGGAAAGGGGAGAGAAAGGGAGAGAGAGGGAGAAAUAUACAUCCAGAAAUAGCAUCAGCCACAUUUAACUGACAGAGAGUGACAGAGUGGAGAACCUGAGACCUGGACAGAAAAUGCCUAUCCUUUCUAACUUAACAACCGUUGUUUUGUUGCUGAUUGCUCACUGCGGAUCGUGGACCGGGGCAAACCGCUUGGGCCCCUUCAAGGUCUGUCCCUCCUGCAGGGAUCCACUGGGGGCAGGUCGGCCCCCCAGGGACCAUAAUGCUGCCGGUAGCACGUCAGUGUUGGCCCAGGGAGAGCCCUGUGGUGUGUACACCCUGAGCUGUGCCAAGGGGCUCCGCUGUGUUCCCCCACCACGGGAGCACAGCCCCCUCCAGGCUCUGUUGCAGGGAAGGGGCAUUUGCGCCAAGCACAGCAGGACUAGUCCCACUGAGAGGCCCCACCCCACAGGUCCCCAUCCCUCACACAGUGGUGACAUUGAAAGAGCACCCUGCCGCAAGCUGCUCAAUAGUGUCCUGAGGGGUCUGGAGCUGACAAUCUUCCAGUCUGACCGUGACAUCUAUAUACCCAACUGUGACACCCGUGGCUUCUACAGGAAAAAGCAGUGCCGCUCCUCCAAGGGCAUGCAGCGUGGCCACUGCUGGUGCGUGGACGAGCUCGGCACGCCCGUGCCCUCACGUGCCAGCGAAGAUGGUACUUUACCAUGCGAUGGGGAGUGAGGGAUGAGUCUGUCCUAUUGCUCUGAGCCUGGAGGAAGAGGAGAAGGAGGAGGAAGAGGAGGUGGUGGUGGAGGAGCAGGAACACAGGGAGAGGGGGUGGCUUUAGCAUGUGCUAGACACUGCCUGGACAGGAGGUAGCAGGGAUAAACCACUUCCUAUGGAAAAUACACACCAGUUAACGUUCAUGUCCUCUCUAGAAGCAAGACACACACUCUCUCACAGUCCAGCAGCAGCAACAAUAACAUCUGCCUGAAUGUUCAACAGUUGCAGCAACGUCCUCUGCGUCGUCCGGUGACAUGCUGCAUGCUCACAUCAACGCUCCGUGAACUGCCUCAGUGAUCCAAGCGGUAUUACUCCGAAUGAUCUCUAUAUUCCCUGGCUCUUGUCCUGGCUUUCUGGUAGAUUUUGAUUUUUUUUCCCUCUUUUCUUUAGGAUAGCUGACACUGCCUGUGUUUGUUCUGAUCUCAGUGGGCUGAAAUACUGUUACGCAGGUGAUGUGACACAAAUGUUUGAAAAACGUGUCUCCCUCACCCUCCUCUCUCCCUCUCUCCAAAGAUACACUGAUAUCAACAUACCUAAUUGACAGAUUAUUUUCUUUUUCUAUUAAUUUAUUUUUGAGUCUGUAUGUCCAUCAAGUACUGCUUGAAUCUUACAGUAUCUUAUAUAUAUCAAGUCAGAAAAAAAAGAAUAGUCAUACGAAUAUGAUCCUGGAUGCUUCUGUUCAUUUUAUUUGAUGGCGAUCUGACUGCUUAUUAGUUGAUUGUUUGUACAUAUGUUGGAAUUUUGUGGUCGACUGUGUGUUCUGAAGUGGCAGACAAAAAGCUUACGGCUGUUACCCUUUUCAAAAAGUUGUAAGGCAUAUUUUUAUACACGUCAAUAUAAUAUUUUAUAUAUGAAUUGUUGGUUUAUUUAAUGAACUACAGUACAAUGCCAUGUAUUUUUAUAUUGUCAGCAGUUUCUUAUUUAAAGACAGAGAUUAUUUUAUUUCAUGUUAGGGGAAGUGUUGUGCUUUAAAGGCACCUUUAUGGCAAAACUCAUCACAUUCAUCAGAGCUCUAUUCAACUGCUGCACAUCUUAUGGUUAUAUCUCAUGUUUUUAAGUUCCUUUUUUUUUUAUUUAUGCUUUGUUUAUUUGAGAAUUGAGAAUGUCCAUGUUGCUAUUAUGUUUAAUGUUGGCACAUCAUACUACAAAUUCUGAUUUCAACAGAGGAAAAAAAAAAAGAUCAAAUUUGUUAUUGUUAUAGUAUGUCUUUCCCAAGUCCUUGCAAAAGUCAUGAAAUUGUGUGCUAUUAAAAUGUGUGAUUAGAAUUUAUCUAUUUCUGAACAAUCUUGUUGUGCCAAUGUGUGUGCCGUGAUGAUAGGUCCGUGCACAAAGGACCUGUAAGAUUUGCAAAUAUGAAAAUAAAACAUAAUGAUAAUAAAAAUGGAGAAGAAUUAAACAUAUAUUA